AUGCGGCGAGGCGGCACUGGGGGGACCGAGAGGGCAGAGGGCAGAGUCACAGAGCGAGCAGAGCGAGAAGCGGAGGACGGCACGGCGAGAAUAGCACUCUGGCGAGGUGGCAGGACGCAACACCGCAAGCUCUACGGUCUGGGGCCCGCUGCCCUCCACAAGAAUGGAUGGACCGCAGGUGGCGGACAAAGACACGCGCCGGCGCUCGCAGUGCCCGCCGCUGGAGCGUGUGGAUGGGUGGAUGGGACACUCAAGCUUCGCCCGUUGGCGUCAUACGAGGGCCGCACAGGCGGGCAGAGUUGCUCCAGCGCGGUGCUGGGCAUGCAGCUAGCCGCUCCCUGCACGAAGAGGCCUCUCGACUGCAGGUGUUGCAGCCUCUGGUACGACAGCAGCCCAUACAUCAUACAGCAUGAAGCCGCCGGGCCUCCAUCGCGCCCGUCACGGGUGAUCUCGAGACAGGGCAGGUCCACCGCCACGCGCUACACCUCGCCGCCGCUGGAUGAGCGUUGGACACCACCAUGCAGACCUCACAGCCAGGUGCACUCGAGACGGCCGUACUAUGUCGGCAGUCCAGCCGGCCGUCCAGUCACCUUCGUCUGCAUACAGCAGACCAAAGCUUCGUCGACGCAGGACGGUUCGGGGCGCGCUCUCUUCAGCACUAGGUGGGGCUCUUCACGACGCUGCAACAUUCAGGACUCGCACCAGCUCAAAGCCCGCAGGCAGGAGGCCGUACUGCUCCUGCAGGCUCCACCGUGGGCGAGGCCAGCAAGGAAGACGGCGUCGUCGAGAGCUCCCAUGGCCCAAAGCAGCUGUUGUGCCGCAGCCAACCUCAACACCACGGCAUUUCCCACUUCGCGCUUCCGCCCACCAGCGGGCCGAUGUUUCCCCUCUUCCUCAAACACCCGAGGCCAUUCCGGGACCUCGCGUGCUCCUGUCCACGUUUUGGACCCUCUUUUCAAUAGCCUUAUUCUGCGCACGUCUGCGUGUCCGACCAGAGCGUCGCGCCAUUCGGUUCAUUGUUCGUUGACGUGCCGCGGCGAUGUCGCCAAUCAAACGUCGCGUAAGCCAGCGCUGGAAGCAGAGGCGCAGGCCUGUCGACAUCCCGGCGCCCUUCAGCUUCUUGUCUCCGCGGCCUUCCAGAUGCUGAGCACUGGAUCCAGACCAGCGGGAGGCCGCAGCGCCAAUCAAAGCGCGCUCAAUUGCUCUGGAAGACGACCACCGCGACGCGUUUCUGGGCCUGGGGCAAAGACGACGAUCUGACCCGUGCUCAUCGCGAACUACUGGGCGCAUCAAAGGGUCCAUUGGCCCUGGGACGUGUGCGCUCUUACGAAUUGUGCAGUCCGGAAAUAAUCGCGGAU